GCCAGGAGGUGGUGUGUGGAUCUGCUGAGCUGCUGUCUGGAAGACCCGUGAUCUUUAUUUUCGAUUUUUAUUUUCCCGUCGACUCGGCGCGAGCAGGCUGGGGUUAAAGCUCUGGAGGUUUCCGGAAAUAUUCGGAUUGUGUUUUUUUGCUGUUGGUUUGAUUUUUGUUUGUUUUUAGCUGCAGUGCUGCUGGAAAUUUCACUAUCACCGCCCUGUAAUUCACUGGACAAGGAGAAAGCAUGAGGGAGUCAUGUGAAUACCAAGGAUGAGGCACAAACAGCUGGCAGCAAAGCGGACGAGCCAAGGCUUUCCACGGCCAAAAAACUCCUUCAGCUCUUUGCCGAGAAAUGAAUACGACCACCCAGCCCCCGCACAUCAUCAGCGACAACGUGUCGGUCAGCUAUGUGCUGCUCCCUUUUUUCCUCAUCACUUUAAUUGGGAUUAUUGUAGCAGCGGUGAUGUACUUCAGGAGGAAGCAAAGGAUUGAUAGGCUGCGGCACCAGCUGCUUCCAGUUUACACAUACGACCCUUCAGAGGAGCUGAGCGAGGCUGAGCAGGAGACGCUGUGGAGGGAGGAGGACACCAAGGUGGUUCGGGGCUGGAUGAGUAAUUACCAACAACACUGGCCUCUAACGAAGGACCCUAAUGCCUGAGGAAUGAAGUGCUGAGCUGGACACUGGUAAAAACUGGAGUGACCAUGGUGUAGCACAGCGGCUGUGGUUUAUUGAGGGCCAUGGUCCAGUCACGGCUGUUUCCAUGGUUUCGCUCGCUCUGUUACGGUCUCAGUCAUCUUACCUUUGGCCCUUCUUUAUAGUCCUGAAAGCUGUGCUGAUGCAGGCUGUAAAGCACUGGACUCUGUGGGAUGGAGAGAUAUUUACCCCUCUGGUCACAUGAAGUCAGCAAAACUGAAAAUUCGCCUUCUGCGUCUGUGUAUUUAUGACCGACUGUUCUCUGACCUCUGUGCUACGACUUUUAUUCUGCUUUUUUCAUUUUUUAGAUCACUUGUUACAGAAUUUACAUCACCACUUAUGUGUCUUAACUUUUAACUAUGCAGAUACACAGAGGAGCUGCUAAACGACACUGCAGUGCUAGCUGUUUUGCUGUAUAUAUCGUCACUGCGUCACUGUCAGAACAAGACUUUGUAUCAUAAAUCAGUACUUUUUCAGGAGGGCUUUAACUUUUAAUGUUACAUGUGUAAUGAACAGCUGGUGUUUUCACAUGGUGUUAAAGGGCCCAUAUCAUGGAAAACCAGAUAUUUUAAGUUUAAAUUAGACUUUAAUGCAGUACGUAAACAUUACCAAAAUUUAAAAACUUGCCAUUCACUCCCCAGUCCAUAUAUACAAAGUAAGUUGCAAAUACAGCUUAUUGUUUUUUGUGAUGGCAUGAAAAUCAACACAUUUACAAAUAUUCAGUUUAGCUCAACCCAUACACACUGAAGCUAUAAGGAGCAUAAACAUACGUAAGGAAAUAUAUGGCUCUGUCAAGUGUGGGCAGAGCUAAGCCUUCAUUAAAGUUGCUAACUUUUGCAAAAAAAGUUGGACGCAAAUGAUUCUGAUGAAUCGGUUAGGAAAACUAACACGUUUUACAUAUAUUCACCUAUUCAGCCUACAGCAGUUUAGCCCCGCCCACUCACACUGUUAUAAGGGGUGUUUCAACCUGGAAUGCUUUUUGAAUGAGGCAUAGAACAGGGUAACUAAUCAAAACAGAUUUCAUUUACAUAUAUCAUUCUGAAAGACACUAACAAGAGCAGGCUGUUCAACAAAUAAACAGAGGUUGGGAAAUGUAAAAUUGUAAAAUGUAAAAUUGAAUUAUGACGACGUAUAAAAGCCCACAUAGAUGUUAGAAGUGGACUUGAGGGGGAAGAAGAAAAACAAGAAAAAUGUAGGAUUGGGACACUUUGGGGAAAAAAAAUGAGUUACAAGGUUUGCUCUGACUGCGACGACCUGAAAAUGUUUAAAUUCACUAUAACUAUUCAGAGCUUUUGGUUUGGGGAACUGAGUUUUAGACUGAAGUUGGAUAAAGUCACACCAUCCCUAUUAAAACCCCUCAGAAAAUGGACCUGUCUGGUGUGGCAUGUACAAAAACAAGCUCAAGCUUUUCAGAAGGUCAUAUUUUAUCCCAUCCAGAAUCAUCACUCACACAAGCAGGGUGGAGCUACUAGAGAGUGGUUUCUAAUAAAUUGGUCUGUAUAUGCAUGUGGGGCAGCACAGUGGUGCUGUGAGGCACGGUGAAGAAGGGGCUGGGUUUGAUUCCCCAGAUGGGCAACCGGGGUUCUCCCUGUGUCUGUGUGGGUUUCCUCCAACAGUCCAAAGACAUGCAAUCAAGCCAAUUGGAGAUGCUAAAUUGGCCCUACACACACAUACACACUCUGGACAGGUAGCCAGUCCUUAGCAGUAUAUGUAUAUAAGCCGUAUAAGUAUGUAAGCUGUUAAAUUUCAUUGUUAUAAGAAUGGACUGUGCAGGUAAGCAAAACCUACAUACCCUUUAUUUGACCCACAUAGGAAGCUUGUUUGUUGUUUACAGGAUGUUUAGAAACAUACAUUUCUUCAUACAGCAUUUUACCAUUAUGUUCACUUCUCAUUCUCUAGACACCGGAAGAUUUGUGACUAGGAAGGGUUUUACGUGCUUGUUUCAGAUGUUUACACAUGUUUGAGUAAAGACUUGUUUAUGUGACACACUGUAAAGUCAGAGAAACCUCUGUCCCUUUUUUAACCAAACAGUGCGACUAUAUAAAUGAUGUAAAAGGUACAAGAACUUCUCUUCUUGUUAGUGAAAGAUGCUGUAAAACCACUCUGGUGUAGUUUGAUCACAGGUACUGACAAUGGCUCACGUUUAUCAGACUUGGAGUAAUAAUACUGAUCUAGGACCAGCUUAUGCCUUUCAUCUAACAUUAAUUAAAAUUCCUUGACCUUAUGAGACCUGAUCUUAGAUCAGUGCUCUUACUCUGAGUUGCUUGAUAAAUAUGAAGCUGGAGCCAGAUUGAACAUGAAAAAGUGCACGCCCUGGUAGUCUUGUUGCUAGCAUAGGACACACCCAACUCCAAAACAGUUGGAACAGUAAGAAAAAUGUAAAUAAAUACAGACAACAGUGAUUUGCAAAUCCAUUUUGACCUGUAUUCAAUUGAAAACAGUACAAAGACAAGAUAUUUAAUGUUUCAAUUAAUUAACUUUAUUUGUUUUUUGUACAUAUAAGCUUAUUCUACAUUUGAUGCCUGCAACGUGUUCCAAAAACCUUGGGACAGGGGCAUGUUUACCACUGUGUGACAUCACCUUUCCUUUUCACACAGUUUAGUAAUUGUUUGAGAAAUGAAAACAAUGAUUGUUGUAGUGGUGAAAGUGGAAUGUUUCCCAUUCUUGCUUCAUAUAACGCUUCAGCUGCUCAGUAGUCUGGGUUUUCCGUUGUUGUAUGCUGUGUAAUGCACCACACUUUUAAUGGGCGACAGUUUUGGACUGCAGGCAGGUCAGUCUAGCACCUGCACUGUGUUCAUACGAAGCUACAUGCAUUAUGUGGCAUGACCUGAACCCAAUAGAGCAUCUCUAGAGAGUGAAGCUUCCAAGUAGAAUGAGAGAAAUGUCCAAAAGAAUGGUGUGCCAAGCUUGCAGGAUCAUUUCCAACAUGACUUAAGGCUGUCAUUGCUGUCAAAAGUGCUUUAAACAAGUACUAAGUGAUGGGUCUGAAUACUUAUGUAAAUGGGAUAUUUCAGUCUUUUAUUUUUAAUAAAUUUACAAAACACUUCAGUAAGCUGUUUUUUGCUUCAUCAUUGUGGAGUAUUGUGUGUAGACUGAGGAGAAAAAAACACUGAGCUUUAAAGGUGCCUUCACAGAUGUGGAAGUUACCAAGUUACCCCCAGUGUUUCCCCAGAUGCUGGCAACAAUCAGGAUUGUCUUUUUCCUAAUUGGCCUGGAAAACUGAUGAGUUUUGGCCCAGAGAAGUCGGUGGCGUUUCAGGGUUAUGUUUAAAUACGGCUUCUGCUUUGCACAGCAGAGUUUGAACCAUAUCAGUUUUUAAAGCAGUGCCGUCUGAGGGAUCGAAGGUUACGGUCAUUCAAUUGUGAUUUUUGGCCUUGUCCUUUACACACCAAUUUCUCUGGAUCUUUUAAUAUCAUGAACUGUGGAUGGUUAAGUCACUAAAUUCCUUGCAAUUGUGUGUUGAGAAACGUUUGCUUACAGUUUUUGCAAACUGCCAAACUUUGACCCAUUCUUGCUCAUAAAUGACUGAAACUUAUGUGAAUGCUCUUUUUAUACUCAAUCAUGAUAGUAUCACCUGUUACUUAUUCACCUGUUUACCUGUGGAAAGUUUCAAAACAGGUGUUGUUAUCAUCCCACGAACUUCAGCCUUACAUUUCUCCUGUCUCAACUUUGAAUGUGUCGCAGGCAUAUUUUGGAACCAGCAUAAACGUACAAAAAACAAAACAGCUGAUAAGGUAAAACAUCAGAUAUCCCUUAUUUGUACUGCUUUUAAUAAAAUACCUGUAAAAGACAGUUUACAAAUCACUGCUUUCUGUGUUUAUUUGCAUGUUACCUAAUAUUCCAGCUUUUUUUGAAUUGGGGUUACAUGUUGUAAUGCACUGAAUGUAUUUGAUUCAAACGUGUACUUCAUUUCCACUUGAGUAAAAUAUAAUCAACACAAUUAGGGAUAGAGUAAACUGAAAGACAACACUGUGUUGAAGUAAUGUAGUUAACCCACGUGGAAAUGAUGUACACAUUUCAAUCAAGCAAAUUCAGUGCAGCACUUCUUUCAGUGUGUGACAUUUCCACUCCUGUCUGAUAAACAGAAUGAGCGUUUGAGACUUUUUGGGUCAAGGAUCAAUUUAAACAGCCAAAUAAAUAAAAAUGUCAUUGUUUUGUA